AUUAUUAGUUGUGGUCGUUCAAGAUCGGGUGUUGAGUUCUUCUUGUUGUAACCCAAGUGGCAUCUGCGCCAAACUCGAGUUUAGUAAACUGUGGGUGGGGACAAAAACAGAUACGACAAGUCGGCGAGAGGUGGAUUACCAUUUAUGGUAACAAUUUCGAAUAAUUGGGUGUUGUCCAGACCCUUGCCCCUGAUCAACUCCACUCAAGAAGUUGAACUUUUUGUGUUCUGGAAUCUAGACAACAGUUGUAUAAAAAUGUGCCACUGACAAGAACACAUCCCAUUCGGUUAUCAUAUCCUUCAUUCUUUUUUGUUCUUUUUUUUUCAAAGCAUUUUUCUGUUGCUCGAUUCUUUUUUUUUUUUUCACUCUUUCCAUGGCAUCGGAAGACCUGGCAUUCAGAGUAUUUGCAGACAGUUUUGCUCGAUGGUCGCAGGUGUUACAAUUAAUUUCGCCCAAUAAUCGACGGAAAGCGAUUGUUCUCGAUGAUGCCGUCAAUCCAUACGACGCGGAAGAACGCAUGAUUGAAAUGAAAACUCGUCUAUAUCGUGCGACUCGGCACAAAUUGGCUCAGAAUAUGGUGCCAUUGGCGCGAACGGUGCAUAUCCAGCGGCUCAUUGACAAAUUGGAGGAAGAUGAUCGUCGACGCCAUCCUGCCAAAAUGCGACUAAACCAACGCGCUCUUCUAAUAUCUCCGGGGUUGAUGCUUCAACGUCAAGCCAAUCAGAACCCACCUUGUUCUCGACCUGGGGUCAAUAUCCGUGCAGUGGUGCCCAAUGAUGUAAGGGCAAAAAACGUCGACUGUUACGGAGAUGAGGAUGAAGAUGUUCCCCUUGGCUCUCUCUUACUUAUGCAGCCUCCGAAAUCAGCCGCUCGACGGAUGCAUUUUGCCCAACCUCAUUAUUAUCCACGUGUCUAUUACUUAAUAACGGGUCUUUUUAUUUUAUUUGCAAUCAUGAAUAUGACAUAUGAUUUUUACCCAAAGCUUCACUCCCAAUUGGGCAUCGUGUUUUGUAGCAAAUUGUUAAAGAAUAGAAUGUUCAAUACUGUGUCUUGCAGACCUACAGACCUUUCUCAGAUAGAUACCAGAUUAAUUAUCGCAGUAGGCCGAACAUGAUAUGCCAAGUCGUUUAAUUGUCCUGGGCUUUUUGGGUGAUGUCAAG